AUGGGGACAUUCGGCAACUUACGUCCAUGCAACUUUGCAGCGCCUUCGCUAGUCGAUAUCUCCCCCCUCAAGGCAGAGGUAUGUCGGGACGUUGAUUUCAACAUCAUUCGCGAACUCACGGGAGGCAUCUAUUUUGGUGAACGGCGAGAGGAUAACGGAGAUGGAACCGCGUGUGAUACUGAGCCCUAUUCGAGGGCUGAAAUCGAGCGGGUUGUUCGUCUGGCUGCUCACUUGGCUCUUCAACAUGACCCGCCACUACCUGUGUGGAGCUUGGACAAGGCCAAUGUGUUGGCUACCAGUCGUCUAUGGAGGAAGGUUGUCACGGAGGUGAUGGAUAAGGAAUUCCCUCAAUUGAAGUACGGCCAUCAUCUAAUUGAUAGCGCCGCCAUGUUGAUGGUGAAGAACCCUCGUGCUCUGAACGGUAUUGUUGUUACCAGCAACCUGUUCGGUGAUAUCAUCAGCGACGAGGCCAGUGUUAUCCCUGGAUCGCUGGGAUUGUUGCCCAGUGCCAGUUUAAAUGGUAUCCCUGACGGUAAGACCAAGGUCAGCGGCAUAUACGAGCCUAUUCAUGGAUCCGCACCGGAUAUCGCUGGGAAGGGCAUUGUAAACCCCGUUGCCAUGAUACUGUCUGUGGCAAUGAUGCUUCAAUAUUCCCUCAACCUACCCGAGGAGGCCAAGAUAAUUGAAACCGCGGUCCGAAAUAUAAUCGAGUCCGGAGUCAAGACCGGUGAUAUCGGCGGAAAGGCCACGACCAAGGAAGUUGGAGAUGCGGUUGCUGCAGAGGUCGAGAAGCUGCUCUCGUGA